AUGGAAGAAUCCACCGCCUUUAUCCCGAGCCGCCCAUCCUCCGCGCGGACUACAUCAAGGAGACGAAGCAUCGCCAAAUUUAGCUCCUGUAGACGUGUCCCUAAGGUGGUCGGUGGGAGCGAGAUUCGCUGGAAACAACGCAAAUUAGGAGUAAACAAGACCUCGCCUAUUAAGGGGAAGCUGCGGUCAAAGGCUUCCGUCCCGGCCUCCCGGCCGCGCUCCCCAAACUCUGGUGCAGAGUGCUUUGUCUCUCACCUCUUCGCCUCGUUCCCUGCGCUUUCCUUCGAGGUCGCACCUGCUUACUCGAGGUGCCUGGGGAAGAUGGGAGCGUCUUCUCGGAGGAGCCCGCAACCUCUCGGGCCGCCGGCGCCCCCCAUCUCCUGCUCCGGAGGAACCCUCCUGGCGGUUCUGGUGCUGCUCGCGCUGCGGGACGCCUGGGGUCAGUGCAAAGCCCCGGAACAUCUUCCAUUUGCCAAGCUUACAGUUCUGACCAACGAGUAUGAGUUUCCCAUUGGGACAUCUUUGAAGUAUGAGUGCCGCCCUGGUUACUACAGGAAAGUAUUCUCUAUUACCUGCCUAUCCAACUCAGUCUGGUCAAACGCUGACGACGUCUGUCAACGUAAAUCAUGUGGAACUCCUCCAGAACCCUUAAAUGGCAAAGUGACUGUAAACAGAGACACCCGGUUUGGAUCAACCGUUAAUUAUGCCUGUAAUGAAGGAUACCGACUUAUUGGUAAGACCUCGAUUGCAUGCAUCAUCUCAGACAAUACUGUCGUCUGGGAUAACAAUCCACCUAUUUGUGAGACUAUUCCUUGUGGGCCACCCCCAGCCAUCGCCAAUGGAGAUUUCUUUAGCACCAACAGAGAAUUUUUUCCUUAUGGAACCGUGGUGAACUAUCGCUGCCAUCUUGGACAGAGAGGGAAAAAGCUGUUUGAGCUUGUGGGCAACUCAUCAAUAUACUGCACCAGCAAAGACAAUCGCGUUGGCAUAUGGAGCAGCGCCCCCCCUCAGUGCAUCAUACCUAAUAAAUGCACACCUCCAGACAUUGAAAAUGCAAUAAGGGCAUCUGAGAACAAAACCUUAUUUUCCUUACAUGAAUUUGUGAGGUUUAUCUGUAAGCCCGGCUUUGUCAUUAAAGGACCCUCCAGUGUGCAAUGCCAAGCCCAAAACAAAUGGGGGCCAGAGUUGCCAAGCUGCUCUAGGGUAUGUCAGCCGCCUCCAGAAAUUGUGCACGGUAAGCGUGCCGCAGGCAAUGAGGCCAAUUUCUUCCCCGGGCACGAAGUGUUCUACAGCUGCGAGCCCGGCUAUGAUCUCCGAGGGGCUGCUUCUCUGCGCUGCACUCCCCAGGGAGACUGGAGCCCAGCAGUCCCGAGAUGUGCAGUGAAAUCAUGUGCGGACUUCCUGGACCAACUCCCUAAUGGCCGUGUGCUCUUUCCACUGAAUUUCCAGCUUGGGGCAAAAGUGUCCUUCGUUUGCGAUGAGGGGUUCCAUUUAAAGGGCAGUUCUGCUAGUUACUGCGUCUUGGUUGGAACGGAAAGCCUUUGGAAUCACAGUGUUCCUGUGUGUGAACAAAUCUUUUGUCCAAAUCCUCCCUCUAUCCUUAACGGGCACUACACCGGAACUUCUCAGGGAGACAUUCCCUAUGGAAAGGAUGUUACUUACAUGUGUGACCACCAUCCAGCCAGAGGGAUGACCUUCAACCUCAUCGGGAAGAGCACCAUCCGCUGCACAAGUGACGGUCAAGGGAGGGGGAUUUGGAGCGGCCCUGCCCCUCACUGUGAACCUGCUGGUCCUGCUGCAUGCCCACCUCUGCCCAAGAUCCACAAUGGGCAUUACAUUGAAGGACAUGCAUCUCCAUAUCUUCCUGGGAUGACCGUCAACUACACCUGUGACCCAGGCUACUUGUUGGUGGGAAGAGCCUUCAUAUUCUGCACAUACCAGGGAACCUGGAGCCAAUUUGAUCAUUAUUGCAAAGAGAUAAAAUGUAUCCUUCCAGAGUUUAUGGAUGGAAUCCGGAAGGAGCUGGAAAUGAGAACAGUGUAUCGCUAUGGAGAUAAUAUAACUUUCGAGUGUGAAGAUGGGUAUACUCUGAAAGGCAGUCCCCAGAGCCAAUGCCAGGCAGAUGACACAUGGAACCCUCCUCUGGCUAUAUGUACAUCUAGCACAAGUGAUGCUCUCAUAGUCGGUAUUUUCUUUGGCGUGAUCUUCUUUCUUUCAUCCAUCAUGGUUUCCUGUUGGAUAAUUGUAAAGCACAGAAAAGGCAGUAUUACAGAUGAAAAACCUAAGGAGAUGAUCCAUUUACAUCCUCAAGAAGACAGCGGUGUAAGGCCUCAAACUCUGCAAACAAAUCAGGAAAACAGCAGUUGGAUCGCUGGUCCCAGGGGAGUUCGAAGGUACUUCAGGAAGUGGAAAUGCCUCGGUGGUUGUCUCGUUGGAUUCUGGUUGUUUCCAGGCAGUUGGUCGGGAUCGUCGCAGGGACGCCCGGCGCCCGCGGGAGGGGACCGAGCAGCUCCACGACCCGGCGGGGCGAACCCCGCAGGCCCACGCCGGGUCCGGGAGGGCUCUGGGCCCCCGCGCUCAGGCCCCGCCUCCGGGCGCCAGCUGGCCCCGCCCACUUCGGGAAGGCAAUCCACUUCCGCCUAA